AUGGUCACUGUUAUUUGGUGGGAGAAGAGGCAGCAUCGUCAGUGCUCAUUCUUGCUGGUUCUGCUCCAAGCGAGGUCCUCUGCUUUUCGGGGGAAUCAAUAUAGCAAAGGCUCAAAGUCUUAUCUUGUGUUUUGUUUUCCUUCUGCAGCUGUCUCCAACCUGGAUGCAGAGAGCAAACUGAGUGUCUAUUACCGAGCACCUUGGCAUCAGCAAAGAAAUAUCUUCCUCCCCUCCACGAGGCCGCCGUGUGUGGAAGAGCUGCACCACCACGCCAAGCAGAACCUGCGAGCCUUGCGCAGAGAGCAUCGAAACCGAGGUGAUAUCAGAGAGCAAAAGGUCCAAGGCUCCAUCUCAGUGGUGGCUCCCCCUUUUCCUCCCUUCCCUGCAAUCUGCAGUCAAAAGAGGCAAGCGAUAAAGGACCGGCACUUGCUACCUUUUAACAGCACCCGCUUGCCCUCCCCAAUUGAGUGUUGCCACAUGACCCCAUGGAGUAGAAAGUCCCAUCCUCCAGAGGACGAAGAUACAGAUGUCAUGUUAGGGCAGAGGCCGAAAAAUCCAAUACAUAAUAUCCCUUCUACACUGGAUAAACAAACCAAUUGGAGUAAAGCACUACCUCUGCCAACUCCAGAGGAGAAAAUGAAACAAGAUGCCCAAGUGAUUUCUUCUUGCAUUAUCCCCAUCAAUGUCACUGGAGUUGGUUUUGACAGAGAGGCUAGUAUACGCUGCUCUCUUGUUCAUUCACAAUCUGUACUACAGCGGAGACGAAAGUUGAGGAGGAGGAAAACCAUCUCUGGCAUCCCCAGAAGAGUGCAACAAGAAAUAGAUUCCGAUGAGUCGCCGGUGGCAAGAGAGCGCAAUGUGAUUGUGCAUGCGAACCCGGACUUCGCCGCUGCUGCCAACCGGAGGUUGGGAACGCGGGACUCGGAGUGCCAGACUGAGGAAAUCCUCAUUGCCGCUCCGUCCCGGCGACGGAUACGAGCACAGAGAGGGCAGAGCGUGGUCGCCUCCCUCUCACACUCUGCCGGCAACAUUUUGGUGCUAGCAGACAACGGAGAUGCCGUGUUUGCCACCGCAGUGAGCAACCGCAUCCGGUCACGGAGUCUUCCUCGCGAGGGUGCGAGAGCCAGCGAGGGCGAUCAGGAUGCCAGUGCCAAAAGCUCAGCAUACGAAGCAGAACACUUUCUAGCAAGCCAGGAAAGGAUCCCGAAAAAGGGGAAGGAGGUCAUGAACAAACAGAGUUCACAGGAACAUCAGCCCAUAGUUUUAACUUGUCCUCAGCACUUGCACAGCCCCGAUCACAGCAUCGGUGAGAGAGGGAGAUCACGGCUGUCGAGGAUGGCGGAUUCAGGAAGCUGUGAGAUCUCAUCUAACUCGGAUACCUUUGGGAGCCCCAUCCACUCCAUAUCCACAGCAGGAGUCCUGCUCAGCAGCCACAUGGACCAAAAAGAUGACCACCAGUCCUCCAGUGGGAACUGGAGUGGGAGCAGCUCCACAUGCCCCUCUCAGACAUCYGAAACCAUUCCCCCUGCUGCCUCUCCUCCACUGACGGGCUCUUCGCACUGUGACUCUGAGCUGUCGCUGAACACCGCUCCCAACGCCAACGAGGACUCCAGCAUCUUCAUYACAGAGCAGUAUGGCGACCACAUGGACAAGGUCAGAGGCCACAGGGCGAGCUCCUUCACCUCCACGGUAGCAGACUUACUGGAUGAUCCCAACAACAGCAACACUAGUGACAGCGAGUGGAACUACCUGCACCACCACCACGAYGCGUCCUGUCGCCAGGACUUCAGCCCCGAGCGCCCCAAGGCCGACAGCCUGGGGUGCCCGAGUUUCACGAGCAUGGCCACUUACGAUAGCUUCCUCGAGAAGAGCCCAUCUGACAAGGCAGACACUAGCUCACACUUCUCCGUGGAUACAGAAGGAUACUAUACUUCCAUGCACUUCGACUGUGGUCUCAAGGGUAAUAAAAGUUACAUUUGCAACUAUGCAGCGGCGGGCUCUGAGAGUGGCCAGAACACGAGUGUGACCUCCAGCCUCACUGACUGCRCCUGGCAGGACUGCAUGAACCACAGGAGGCAAGGAAGGCAGAGCAUCUCUCUGAAGAAACCAAAGGCAAAGCCAGCCCCACCAAAACGCAGCUCAUCUUUGAGGAAAUCUGAGAGCAGCACGGACCUUCCGGAAAAGAAAGAACCAAAGAUAAGCAGUGGGCAGCAUGUGUCUCACACUUCCAGGGAAAUGAAGCUGCCACUUGAGUUCGCAAACACACCUUCCAGAGUGGAAAACUCUAAUCUGCCGACCAAACAGGAGCUCCCCUGGGCGAACCAGAAUGACAGCGGAUUAAAGGAUGCUCAGUUUGACACCACAGAUAUUCCAUCUUUUAAAGAUGAAGGUGCUGAACCAUCUCACUAUGCAGAUCUCUGGCUUCUAAAUGACUUGAAAUCUAAUGAUCCCUAUAGGUCUUUAUCCAAUUCAAGCACUGCUACGGGUACUACAGUCAUAGAGUGCAUCAAAUCUCCAGAGAGCUCGGAAUCCCAAACAUCGCAGUCCGGAUCAAGGGCCACCACCCCUUCCCUCCCUUCCGUCGACAAUGAGUUUAAGCUGGCCUCCCCAGAGAAGCUGGCGGGRUUAGCAUCACCCUCCAGUGGAUACUCCAGCCAGUCAGAAACACCAACCUCUUCCUUCCCAACAGCUUUCUUCUCUGGGCCUUUGUCUCCUGGCGGCAGCAAGAGAAAGCCAAAAGUACCAGAAAGGAAGUCAUCGCUGCAGCCACAGCCGCWGUCCAAAGAUGGCCCUGUGCCUGCAGGCAAAGACCUAGAGCUUCCCAUUAUACCUCCCACUCAUCUCGACCUAAGUGCUCUUCACAAUGUCUUGAACAAACCGUUCGCUCAUAGGCACCAGUUGCAUGCGUUCAACCCCAGCAAGCAGAGCAUGGUAGGAGAAGCGCUGACUCCCAAUCCUCCCUCCGCCCUCGCCAUCACACCUUCCGUUCUGAAAUCUGUUCACCUUAGGUCCAUUAAUAAGCCUGAAGAGGGGAGGCAAAAAGCUAGCACUGCAGAGCUGCUCUGCGUACAAGAAACCGUGCUACCGGGGAGCGAUGUUUCUCCAGGCAGGAUGAGGCCACUCUUAGCUAAGAAGCCAAUAUCACGUCAGUAUGCCACCGAGGAGGCCAUAAUGCCGUAUAUUGACACUUCCCAAGCAGAAACAGACCCUGGAAAACCACAUUUAGAAAAAAGCGCSUCAUUCGGUGGACAGAGUAAUUGUGAGCAAGAAACUGUAACUUCAGCAGAUGUGGGUCUGGCUGAAAUUAAACCCCUGGCAGAUCAAAUGCACCUGGCCACUGAGCAUUUGACAGAAAAUGCUCUAACUCAGACUUGUGCUAUUUCUACAGAAGGGCUUCAGAAAGGCUCAUCUGUCCCCACAAAUGAUUAUGAGGCAAAGAAAACUACCUGGGGAGCAGAACAAGAAAGCAACCUUGACGAAGUGCAGAUUGAGCAAGAGUUCACUGGAGGCUCUGAACAAAAGUUGGAAUCUGAACCUGUGGGUGAAACCUCAUCUCAGUCGGAGGGAGCUGGCAUUAGCGAUCAGCUUAAGCACCAACUUGAUUUAAGCCACCCUGUGCCUGGGAAUAUCUGCUAUGAAUCAGAGACAGCAACAGUAAACUCUCUCAGUGAAAAAAGUUUCAAGCAGGAAAAUGAUAUUGCAUCAGGUAUUACGACCAAAAGUGCCUCUGAUAACAGCAGGGCAGAUCAGAUGCUGGGGAGCACGGAAGAGCCUUCACCGAAAGAAUCUUCUCCAAGCGAUGAUUCCAUCAUUUCUCCAUUGAGUGAAGAUUCUCAGGCUGAGACAGAAGAUGUUUUUGUGUCUCCAAAUAAACCACGCACUACUGAGGAUCUGUUUGCAGUUAUUCACAGAUCCAAGAGGAAGGUGCUGGGCCGGAAGGAUUCUGGAGACCUGUCCGUACGGAACAGGUUGAGAGGCACGUGUGGGAGCAGCAGCGGCGCGCUGGCCGCGGCCAGCAGCGCGGCGCCCACCAGCACCGUGUCGCCCGCCGGCGGCAGCGCGACGCCCGCAAGCAGCCAGCGCUCCCCGGGGCUCAUAUACCGCAGUGCCAAGAAGUCCAACACAUCCAACGAGGAGUUUAAGCUGCUGCUCCUAAAGAAGGGCAGCCGGUCCGACUCCAGCUACCGGAUGUCUGCCACGGAGAUCCUGAAGAGCCCCAUCUUGCCCAAGUCCCCCGGAGAGCUGCUAGCAGACGCCCCUGCGGCGCCGGAGGAGUCGCCCCAGGCGGGCAGCCCCGAUGCGUCGUCGUCGCCGCUCUCGCCCUGCUCGCCCAGAGUCAACGCGGAAGGCUUCUCCCCCAAGAGCUUCUCCAUGUCRGCGUCGUGCAGAGUGGGGCGCUCCCGGGCGCCGCCGGCAGCGAGCAGCAGCCGGUACAGCGUGCGCUGCAGGCUCUACAACACGCCGAUGCAGGCCAUCUCCGAAGGGGACACGGAGAACUCAGACGGCAGCCCGCACGAYGACCGCUCCUCGCAGAGCUCGACAUAGGCAGCGCGAGCCGCGGAGCCCCGGCGCCGCCAGGGAACGCCGGAACCGCUCGGGCCGCCUGCCCAUGUGCAUAGAGGAGGCCAACGCUGUAGCAGUCAGAAAAAAAAAAAAAAAAGGAAAAAAAAGAAAGGAAAAAAAAAUGCAGGGCAAUAUCAAUGCUUAAAUGUGUUUCUGUUGAUAGGACGCUGGGGAAACAGAGGACUAAAGCUGUAGCUAUUUAUUACUUCGCGUUUUCUAAGGGUAGAAAGGUAUGCUAUGUUGAGCCUCAUUUCUUUUAGCUUGUUUUGAUUUAUCCUACCCUCAUUUCUGGCAUCACUGUAGAUUUCAAGGCUGUUCACUCUUCAUAGAGUUCAAAGCAACUUUUUGUUUUUAUUCCAGAAGCUGCCCAUCUAGAGACAAAUCCCUCACUGUAGUGCUUCCCUAGGAGAAAAAAAAAAAAAAAAAAAAAAAAAAAAAGGAAAAGAAAAAAAAAUGCUCUUGAGGAUUGGUAUUUUUCUACACUAAAAUAAGCUGAAACAAAAUUUAGAAGAAAUAAACAAAACAUAUGUAAAUACCAUAUUUUUGAUAAAAAUCUGUACAUAAAACUAUCAAAAAGUGGACAUGUGGCAAAUGAUUUACUGCAUAACAACUUUGUUUCUAAAAGACAAAAGACGUCAAAUGUAAUAACUGUAUUCUGUGAAUACCAUUUUCAUAUCAAACAUACUACUUAAACGGCCACCAAUAACCACUUUCAGUGUGAUGAGCCUCAAAAGCGACGUUUAACAGUUGAAAGAAAAUCCUCAACGUUAGCUAAGGAAAUGUAAAGGCUAAGAUCAGAUUAAAGCAACCAUUUGUCUUUCGAAUAGCGCUCGGGAGGAGCUAACUGAAAAGUGCAGCUGCGAGUUUUAACAUGAUAAUUGGUGGGGAAGGCGAGCAUGCUGCUGACAGAGCAAAGUCAUUGCUAGUGCAGAGCCCCUGACAGUCCCAUUUGACAGUGUCCCUUAGGCCUUUAUUCUACUAUGGAUUGCUUUAGGAAGGGUAGA